CCUUGGGCCAAACCACGGUGUGGAUGUGAUGGCAAUUGUAAGCCGAUAUAUACAGAAACACACAGCACGAAGGCUCCUUCUUAGCUAUAAAAAAGGCACUUUCGCUAAUGACCUCUGGCCAAAUCCACUUAUUAAAAGCACUCAUUGAGUCCUGCUUCAGUUCUUUACCUUCUACCCAUCCGAGGGCCAUCAUGGAGUGGCCGACCUCCCAAGAGGUUACGACUCAUCCAGACCGCCUCCCCAUCGGUCAGUUCCUCUUACCCCGGUCAUCAGCUGUUUCGGGGUCCCAGCUAGUCUCCUCCGUCCUUGCAAAUUACCCCUAUGGGGCCUUUACCUCCGUUGCGGCUGGACUUCCCCGUAGUAUUGAGCCUCAUGUUUGGACAGUCAAUCCGACGGAGAGUCUGUCUAGUGACGGAAACAUUCCACCGCCAAACGGCGUGGCGCAGACUGCACAAGCGCCGUUUGCCUAUCACGAGAUCCCUGCCGAGUCUCUUGAUUUGUUGUAUGCUUCCACUAGUAGUGGUCAGCCCCGACGAGACUGGACGGAUACCAAUGCAGACACGGACCCAACCUGGGUUGCCCCCAUUAGCGCCACGAGCCAACUGCCACACCCAGCUUCUGAAAGUAUCCCUCCUACUCCAUGUAGUGAUCAUAGCCCACCGACCUUUGAGUGCAAAUGGCGAGGCUGUUCCAGCUCCACCCGUUUCAGCACUGAAGGAGACCUUGUUCGCCAUCUGAAAACAAUCCACAUCUCCCCUGAUGCGUAUUCCUGUUCAGUCUGUGGAAAAACUUCUGGUAGGAAGGAUCACCUCCGUGACCAUCGGAGACGUCGUCAUCGUGGCUUGACCUGAGACUCUGCUUUACAUUCGUGUUUCAUGUUUAAAUUUCCUGCCAUAUUCUCCUACCAUUGCCCCGUUUCGGCUUUUUCUUAUUUAUCUAUCUAUAUAUACUUAUUUGGGGCCUUAUUGGCUACU